ACAAGUGGGCAUGGAGUCGCCUCAACCCAUCCGGAGUGAAACCCACACCCAGGUCUGGCUUCUCCACGGCAAUUGGCCCCAAUAACCGCUCCCUUCUGUUUGGAGGUGUGCAUGAUGAAGAGGAGGAAGAGAGCAUUGAAGGGGACUUCUUCAACGAUAUUUAUUUCUAUGACAUGGGGAAAAACCGCUGGUUUCCUGGACAGCUGAAGGGACCAAAAUCAGAGAAGAGGAAGCGCAGACGUGGCAGACAAGCUGAGGCAGAUGGUGCCGGAGAUAAGGACAUGGAGAAGCAAUCUCCACAAGGCCCAGUGGAGAUAGUCAAAGAGGUGGUGGCAGAAGAUGGGACUGUCAUGACAAUCAAGCAGGUGAUCUCUGGACCUGCAGAAGAGGAGAGGUCCGAAUCGGAGGAAGAGGAGGAAGUUGGAGCCUUGGGCCAGCAAGUGGAGCCAUGCCCACGUUCGAAUGCCAUGUUGGCGGUGAAGCAUGGGGUUCUGUAUGUGUAUGGAGGAAUGUUUGAGGUGGGCGAUCGCCAGUUUACCCUCAGUGACCUCUACAGCAUCGACCUACACAAGAUGGAAGAAUGGAAGGUGCUAGUGGAGAUGGAUCCAAAAGCACAAGAAUGGCUGGAGGAGUCGGAGUCGGAUGAAGAGGAUGAUGAUAUGGAAGGUGCAGAGGGAGGGGAAGAGGAAGAGGAGAGCUCAGAAGAGGAGAGUGAGGAUGAAGAAGGAGAGGAGCAACACCCAUCUGUUCAGCCUGAUGAGAAGCAUGCAGACUAUCUAUCCAGGACGGAGCAGUAUUGGAUUAAACUAGCCCGCAGCAACAUGGGCCCGGAUGCCAAGGAGAAGAAGGUGGUAAAAGUGGCACAUGCCAUGGCAAAGACGUUCUACGAAGAUUCAGUCUAGAUGUUAUGGAGGCUGUUCCAUGAGUGAAGAAACAUGCUGGGAGCAGUGGUUAGCCCCACUGAACUCAACCUGAUGUGCCAGGCAGUCAGCGUGUCCGGAAGGCAUCCUGGCACUCCAGCUUUUGCCUACUCUGUGAGUGCUGCUGGGCUGACCAGUCUUGAUAUGUCUACUUGAUUAAUGCUCUGGAUAUGCUGUUAUUCCCCUGAAGGUAGUGGGAGGGUCCUGAGGAACAGGAUUGCCAUCCAAGUACUUGUUCUGCUGUGGCUGGUGUACACAAUACUGUCAUACUUUUGCUCAAAAGGUUUUUUUGAGUCUGUCAAGACAAACUGGACAUCACAAUGGUUCACUGGUCCCAAAUUCCCUACCCUGACUGGGGUCAGAAUGUGUCUCCAAGGGUUUCUACAAUAAACUUACUUGGUU